CCUUCGAGUCAGUCACAUGUAAAAUGGCGGCCAAGUAGUCUUGUUAACAAAUCUUUCAAAUCCAUGGGUUUUGGACGAAAAUAGAGCAAGAAAUCUUCAACUAGUAGUGUAUUUCAGUUCCCUAACAAACACUUUAUUUAAUCAUACCUUAAAGUUUUAAGCUAAAUAUGAAGAUAACAGCGGAUCUUAUUCUGCAAUGUGCUCAAUAUACAAAUGCUGUCAAAGACAGAGAACUUGACCUUAGAGGAUACAAGAUAUCCGUCAUAGAAAACAUGGGAGCUACACUGGAUCAGUUUGAUACCAUUGAUAUGUCCGACAAUGACAUUCGCAAAAUAGAAGGCUUUGCUCUGUUGAAAAGAUUAAAAACAUUGCUCUUUAACAGCAACAGAAUAUGUCGCAUUGCAGAAGGCCUUGAAGAAAGUCUGCCGAACCUUGAGUCAUUAAUCUUGACCAGCAAUGCAAUGCAAGAUUUGAAAGACCUUGAGCCUUUGAAAUCAAUAAAGACUUUAAAGUAUCUAAGUUUGCUCCGGAAUCCUGUAACUAACAAGCCAUACUACAGAUUAUUUGUCAUUCACAAUAUACCUCAGCUUAGAGUCCUUGAUUUUCAAAGAAUCAAAAUGAGGGAAAGAGAAGCAGCCAAAAGAAUGUUCAGUGGAAAGAAAGGACAAGCUGUUACAUCAAAGAAACCAAAAACGUUUACACCUGGAGAACCUUUGAAAAAGAAAGAAAAAAGACCAGAAGCACCACCAAGCCGUGAUGUUACAGCUAUUAAAGCUGCUAUUGCCAAUGCUAAAUCUCUUGAUGAAGUACAGAGAUUAGAAAUGAUGUUGAAGUCAGGACAAAUACCAGGAGCAGAUGCAAAACCUGCUGAUGAUCAAGAAGAGAUGGAAGUCAUUAAUGGAACAACAUAAUCAUAUAUUGUACAAUCCCUUUGUUCUUGCCAUAUUCAUAUGUAAUGAUAACUCAUAUAAUAUAUGCUUGGAUUAAGCUUCCAAAAUAACUCAUCUUAGUACUGUAAAGUAUUAUUUAUGUUGCCUUGCAUUUUACACUCUCUGUAUGCCAACUUUUUAUUAUGACAAAGCUAUACCUAUUGUCUAUUCCAUCUUUUACUCGCAACGAUUUGUGUAAUACUGUUAUUAAUCUUUAGAAAGGUUCCUAUAGAAGUAAUCAUGAUUGUUAUAUGCCUACAGAUUUYUUCCAAUAUAACAAACACUUUCAUUGGGUGAUAGCUGUAGCCAUGUGACUGAAAUCUAAAUGUAUCCCAACCAGGAAAAAAGUACUUAUUUCCAGGUUGGGAUACCAGUCCUGAAACAAGGAUGAUGGAAAGAAACCUGUGUACUUGACCAGAAUGUAAACAUUUUUUAUGAUGGCUUGUUAAAAUGAAGUUCUUAUUUUAUAAAUUGACUCGUUAUUUCUUGAUAGCUACUAUUGUACUUGUCACCAGACAUACAGCCUGUGCUUUAGUAAAGAAAUGGAAAAUGAA